UUAGCCUAGUGAAGUGAAGUGGUGGGCUAUACUGUACAAUUAAAUCAUAUAAGCCAGAAGUUAAAUUGGGUCUCAAGUACUGUACAAGUAAAACGAGUCUUUAAAAAAAAGGGAAAAAAAACGAAGAAUUGGAGAAAGCAGAACAACCGCAGCAACAACAGUAACACCGAACGGCGGCAUCCGAAGGAGAGAGAGAGAGCAGGCGGCGGGUGUUGAGCUGUAUUCUGCGGUCUGGAACUCUCAAGACCAGAUCCCUUAUUUGAAGGGAUGAUGGUUGCACUUUAGUUCUUUCAAUUAGCCGCUACUACUAAUCGGACGCUGAAGCUUUCAAAGAUCUCUUACUCGUCUUUACGUUAUCAACAGUACAACAAUGGAAGACCAGGUAAUGAGCGAUGAAACCAUGAAAUCAGCAAAGGAGCUUGCAUCAGAAGGUCAGAAGCAUCUAGAAGAGACAGUUGAGGCAGCAUUUCAGAUAUUGUCUGCAAUGAAUGAUGAGCUUUGCAACCCAACCUUGUGGUCUACAACUACCUCUUCUCCUGUUGCCAUUCCUGAUACUAGUACUGCCGCUACUAUCAGUGCUAAUGGGCAUAGUGAGGGUUCAAAUGGUGAUGUUUCAUUAGAUUCAGCCCACCACUUCGAUAUGGGUGGUGGUGCUCUUGAAGAAUCUCGUCUUCGUUAUAAGUCCUCUGUUGCUUCUCUUCGUGCUGUUCUCAAUGCCUUACCUCAGGGAAACAAGGAAGAAAUGGAUGAUUCUGCCUCAGUUGAAGAUGAGGCUGAAAUCGGGAAGUUAGAAGAGCAAGUAUCUAAUUUAAAGACGGAUCUGGCUAAUAAGAAUAAGCACCUCAAACAUCUGAUAGAUCAAUUUCGAGAUCUUAUAACGGAUAUAUCAACAUGGCAAAGUCCUUGUUCUGUUGCUAGAUAGCUUGUUUUGAAACAAUGGAAAUGCACCAGCAAGUUCCGUACUUGUUCUGUCUAAAGAGAGCCUCCAUCAUAAUCUUGGCAGUAAUUAGAGGAAAUAGACUUCGCCUGUCAACUUCAUAGCCAUCUAUUGACGGGAUAUAGUGAUUGAUGCAUUUGUUAUUUUUUGUCGGCAAUAAUUUUGAUCACAGAUUCCCCUUAUCAUAGCAGCAGAGCUUUCAUUCUA